AUGAACACGACAUGUAGUCUGGCCAGCAGGCUUGAAGUUCCACAUACCACGACUGCUAACCAUUUCCUGCGUGUCGGUUUGCCUACUCCAGGCCCCUCUCUUCAGCUUAUGAUGCAAUACGAAGUUCCAGACACGGCUGAUUCGAUUGUGUUUGCGACCGAGGGGAACGUUGAAGGCCUGAAGGUCCUGUUCACACACGGAUUUGCAUCCCCAAGCGACGUAAGCAAUACACGGAGGUUUAGUUUGAUUCGAGUACGUUGCUCCAUUCCUUCCGCUCUCUACGCUGAUCUGAAACUGAAUUCAGCUGGAAAUGAUAAAUCUCAGUCAUAUGGACAUGUCUGGGAUUUUUCAUUCCGUCGAAAAUGCAAUGAUGAGGAGUUCAAAGCUCUGUCGUGCAUUCGAGAAGGACUUGACAAUGAUUGGAUCGAGGACCAAAACUAUCAACCGGUCCACAAGAUUGUUUUGCAACUUUCCUCGGAAAGCCUCACGGCCGAGCUCGAGAAAAACCCGAACGCUGUUCACCUCAAAGAUGCCCAAGGCCGAACCGCACUGGAUUGGGCCACUGCACGCGCUCAAUUGACCGACAUGAAGGUCCUGAUAUACCACAGCUCUGAUGUCAACAAUAUGGAUACCACU